GAUUUAAUGUAGUUAGUUAAUAUACAUAAUUAAUUGCUUAAUUAUAUAUGUAUAUUAUAUGCGUAUUCAUGCUUAUAGAUUGCCAAUUUUUUGUAUUGUCACGCAUGCGCAGAAAUUUAAAUUAUUAGUUCAAACUGUAAACGCGAAAGGUUAUGUUAUCUUCGAAUUACAUUGUCGGUCGCCGACAUGAUAUUCUUUUUAUAUCAAGCAAAGUAUUGACAUGUACGUUAUUACAAAAUUACCUUUAUAAGAUGAAUAAAAAGUUAAAGUUUGAUGACCUUACAACACCAAGAUCCUUACGAUCAGGAAAUAAGACUGACAUUAAAGAUAUUUCUACAACAUCAAAGUAUUUCAAUAAUAAAGAUACUUCGCCAAAAAUAGUUGCAAAGAAAAAGCGUGCACCCGUAAAAAUAGAGUAUGAUGAAACAAAGAAUCCAACAAACUCUGAAAGUACGAAAAUUAAAGUUGAAGAUUUAGAACAUGGAAUCGCGAAAAAACAACGUAAAUCGGUGAAAGUAAAAUGUGAAGAAAUGAAGGAUAUAAUUGAUUCAAAAAAUAAGGAAGCUCAAGAUAUCGAUCCACAGAAUGGGACUGCGAAGAUAGAGAUAAACAAAGAAAACAAAUGGAUGCCACCGAAUUGGGAAACUGUUUUAGAAAAUGUUAAGGAAAUGAGAAAACACAAAACAGCACCUGUAGAUGAAAUGGGUUGUCACAAAUGUACGGAUCCAAAAGCCACUGCCAAAAUUACUAGGUAUCAAUCAUUGAUUGCAUUGAUGCUCAGUAGUCAGACUAAGGACCAAGUUACUCAUGCUGCUAUGCAAAGAUUAAUUACUUAUGGUUGUGCUCCAGAGCUAAUAGUAGGUACACCUGAUGAUACUCUUGGAAAACUUAUAUAUCCAGUUGGAUUUUGGAAGAGAAAAGUAGAAUAUAUUAAGAAAACGUCAAAAAUUUUAAUUGAAAAAUAUGAUGGUGAUAUUCCUAGAACUUUGAAAGAAUUAUGUCAGUUACCAGGUGUGGGACCAAAAAUGGGACAUUUAUGCAUGCAAAUAGCAUGGGGUGAAGUUUCUGGCAUUGGAGUAGACACACAUGUACAUCGUAUUUGUAAUAGAUUGGGAUGGGUGAAAAAGCUAACUAAAACACCGGAAGACACAAGAAUUGCAGUGGAAGAAUGGCUCCCAAAAAAUCUAUGGAGCCAGGUAAACUAUUUACUCGUUGGAUUUGGACAAGAAAUCUGUUUGCCAAGAUUUCCUAAAUGUGAUGAAUGCUUAAAUAAAAAUAUAUGUCCAUCAAGUACAAAGGGUGGUACGAAAAAAAAGACAUAA